GCAAGUAAGCUUGACUACAACUGAGCCAAUCACACGCCUGUAAUCCCACCAUUUUCCAACCCGAUGUCGAAGUUGUCCACGAUGUUGUCCCAUUCCAUACGAGCACCCCCGGCAGCUGUCUCCCGACUCAAAUGGCUUCAUGCAAAGGCAAGACUGCAUGUCAGCCCGGCAGGCAUGCAGGAACAGCUGCUGCUUUGAGAUCCUAGAAGAUUGCAAUUUCCCAUGUCUUUUCCCUCCCACUCUCGCUGUUUUCAGUUCUCUACAGACACUCCCUCGAGUCCUCUAUCCUAAUAGCAAGCACUUGCUUGCGUCCUUUCGUUUGAGAGCCCUCUCGCCACGAUCACUACAGGCCUACAAGCCGUUCACUCAUUCUUUUUUUACGUGAUAUUCCACUAUUUCUUAAUAGAUUAAUGAUGUCUUCAAACUCCUACCUCCGGACGGCAGCGGUGGCUGCUAGCAUUUUUGCCUCGACCACCUCUGCAGCCUUCAACGCGGCAUCAUCAACUAAUGUUGCUAUGUACUGGGGUCAAGGGAGUUUCCAGAUCCCUCUCUCUGAUGUGUGCAACGAUGACAGCAUCGACAUAGUCAACGUUGCCUUCAUCAAUCGGUUCCCUAUGAAAGUUGGAGAUUACCCUGCGUCAAAUUUUGCCAACGCAUGUGGCGCCGAGUAUUUCACACAACCAGAUGGUACCCUGAGUGGACUUCUAUCAAGCUGCCCGAGUAUCGGCCCGGGCAUCAAGGAAUGUCAAGCAAAGGGCAAAAAGGUCUUGCUCUCUAUCGGUGGAGGCUACCCUACCAACUAUUACCUACCAUCUAAAGAGGUCGCCGAGUACUUUGCCGAUUUCCUAUGGGGUGCCUUUGGGCCGCAAACUUCAGCAUGGGUCGACGCUGGCAAGCCUCGACCGUUCGGAGACGCUUCUUUCGACGGUUUUGAUUUAGACAUUGAGAGUUUCAUGGAACCAGCUCCGUUCCCUGAGUACCAGUACAAGUACUACGACGCAUUCGUUUCUCGUCUAAAAAACACACUUUUCCCAACUGGCCCCAGCACCUACUAUAUUUCUGGCGCUCCUCAGUGUGAAAUUCCCGACGUUCGUCUCGGCGAUGCUAUCAGCAAGUCCAACUUUGACUGGAUCUUUGUACAAUUCUACAACACGCCAGCCUGCUCUACGCGCGCUGGUUAUAAUGGUCUCUCGAACCCAUCUACCUCUAGCUUCACCCUGGACCAAUGGGCCUCGUGGUUGAAGACGAAUUCAAAGAACAAGAAUGUCAAGCUCUACCUCGGAAUGCCUGCUGCUGUCGCUGGGGCUCCAAAUGAUGCUCCUUCCUAUCUCACCCCCACCGAAGCUAACAAGUUGAUCCCGUACUAUGCUAAGAAGCAAUCGGCCAUCUUUGGAGGUGUCAUGUUAUGGGAGGCUACCGUUUCGGCUAACAACAAAAUCUGUAACAAGGGGUACUCGUCUUGGAUCAAGGACAUCUUGACAGGUAAAUUCAAGAGCGAAGCCUGCCCGAGCUCGACGUCUAGCUCGUCUAUUGCUUCUUCUACCUCGACCCGCAAGUCUUCAUCCUCAAGCACUAAAGUUUCGACUACGACCAGCAAAUCUUCAUCAAGCAGCAAGUCCUCUUCGUCGAGCAGCAAGUCUUCGUCCACGAGCAGCCCGGCUUAUCCGACAACUACUAGCGCGUCAUCUUCGUCGAGCAGCAAGUCAUCGUCCACGAGCAGCCCAGCUUAUCCUACAACCACCAGCGCGUCAUCUUCGUCCGGCAGCGCCUCGCCCUCUUCAAGUAGCGCUUCGCUCACAAGCAGUGUUGUAUCGUCUACUUCCAGCAGCUCAUACCCUACCCCAACUGGGAAGAGCCCCGAUGGCUCGUGCGGCCCUACUAACGGCUAUACCUGCAUUGGUUAUCACAUGGGAGAAUGCUGCAGCCCGUAUGGGUACUGUGGAUCGUCUGAGGAUUACUGUGGUACCGGUUGCAACCCGCUCUUCGGUAAUUGUGGCGGCGCCUCUAGCAGCAGCUCCAGUGUAUCAAGCACGAUCUCGAGCUCAAGCUCGUCUACUUUCUCGAGCGAAUCAUCCUCCGCUUCUAGCACCUCGAUUUACGUACCUACAUCCACGAGCUUGAGCUCUUCGUCCGUCAUCUCUAGCUCUUCAGCAUCUAGCAGCAGCGAUGUAUAUAGCAGCAGCAGCAGCAGCAGCAGCAGCAGCUGGUCUUCUACCACCUUGUACCCAACAGGUAACGCAACGUCCAGCUCGUCUUCCAGCAUCGCAUACCCCACUGGAACCUCCUCAUCCAGCAUUGUGUACCCAUCCGGAACGUCGUCGAGCGAAUCUGUCUACCCAACAUACCCAACAUCCAGUUACUCCAAUUCCACGACUCCUUGCACUUCCUCUUCCACGCCUUCUUCUAAGGUUGCCUCUUCGACACCUUGCACGACCUCGGGCAAUUACUCUUCCUCAAUUCACUAUCCCUCUUCGACCCCAUCGACUAUCGACUACCCAACUGAAGUCUCGUCAUCUACGCCUUGUUCAUCAUCUCUCACUGUAUAUCCCACGUCCAGCUCUGCUACUGGCGGCUACACGGCGCCCAGCUCAACUGGUAAAGGCUACCAUACUACGAGCAAACCCCACAGCACCGGCGAGGCUUAUCCAACUACCACCGUAACUGUGAUCACAACCUCCUACGUUGACAUCUGCCCAACCGGGUUUACAACCGUUGUCACCACGAUCACUACCACGGUUUGCCCUGAGACGGCCAAACCAACCGGAGUUCCAGAAGGCUGGUACACUACGGUUACUGUUUGCAACGUCUGCGGACCCAAACCUACGACCGUCACUCUUACUAAGCCUGUGGUCUACAAGACCGAGUACUCCACGCGUACUCAUACUUACAUCCCAACCCCAGCAGUCUACCCGACUGGCCCGGUGUAUACUCCAGAGGAAUCUAUAUACGUCCCUUCCGCAACCGCUGAGGAAUACAAACCAAGUGAAUCUGCCUAUGUUCCCGAGAGCGCGACAACAGAAUAUGGAACUGCAACCAGCACCGUUUAUCAGUACGUUACUUUGACCAAGGUGCCAGUGCCUUCCUCUGCUGUUCCGUACCCACCAUCCAAUGGAACGAGCGAGUAUGUUCCGAGUGGAACUGGAGCUGCAAGCAGCACGGGAUCGGCGGUGCCUUAUAGCACGUAUGCGCCUGUCGCAUUUGAGGGUGCGGGGAGCAAGUUUGGAGUUAAAUUGAGUGUGAUGGUGGUUUUGGUGGCUGGUUUAAUGGUUUUGUGAGGGGUUUGCUGUGAGAUGUGAAUAAUGUGAUUGGUGUGAGCGAAAUUACAAAAUGGAAAGAUGUAUGACGUUCUUUAGGUGAAAUCUACAAUACAACUUGUCAGUUCU